AUGAAUUCAAGAAAAUCACUUUUUCCUGAUUCUUCAUUAGUUCCACUACAUUUUGAUUCUUCAUUAUCUUUUUUAUUUGGAAAUAAAUCAGAAAAACCAAAUCAAGAUCAAUCAUUGAACGCGGUAUUAGGAGGUAAUUUACAUCAAUUAAAACCAGAACAAGUUUGGAAAAUCAUUCUGACCAAAUAUAAUAAUGAUCCUAUCCAAUUGAUUCAACAAUUAUCAUUAGAUUUAAUGAGAAAAGAAACUGAAUUAGUUGUAUUACGACAAGAGAAAUUCCGUCGAGAACAAAAAUUAUAUAAAUUAUUACAAAAAUUAGGCAAUCUUUCUACGAUUGAAAUUGAUCAAGAAUUAAAUCAAGUUGAUGAUAAAUUGAAUAAAAAUAUUGAUCAUAUAAUUCAUGAUAUGAUACAAGUGGCUAUCGAUGAUGAAAUUGUACCGACAACACCAAAGGAAAAAUCUAAGGAACGUUUUCAAACAAAUAAGAAAAGACAAGAUCCAUCAAAGAAUGUCAAAGAUUCAAAAUAUAAAGACCAGAGAAAAUCAAAGUCCAAGAUAAUUGAAAAAUCUGAUAACCAACAGCCACCUGAAUCAAAAAAUUCCUAUUUUAGCAGAACUAACUCAUUAACAGAAAUCUCCAUACCUAAGGCACCAGUUGAAUUACAAAAUUUUAGAAGUCAAUUAUCAUUACAACAUCCUGGUCCUGAGAAGAAACCCAAUUCUUCUCGAUUGUCUUUACUUGUACAAAAUGAAGAAGUAGAUAUUGAUAAAUAUGGAUUUGUUAAAGAAGUCAGAAGUAAUACACCAAUGACCAUUCGGUCAUCAACUUCAUCUCCUUCCCCUAAUAAUGGACAACACCCUGAACCAUCCAAUGAAUCAUCAGCAAUACUUAUAAACAAUCACAACAGUCAUUCUAAAUUACAUUUGAUUGAUCAAUUGAAACAAAUAUCUCAAAUCCACGAUUCAACAAAUUUAUAUAUUGAAAAGGAAUGGGAGAGUUUAAUUAAUGAUAUUAAUCGACAAUUUUAUACCAAUUAUUAUCAAAAUAAUGGACCAAAACAAGAUGAUGGCCACAAAAACAGUAACACCAACAAUGAUAACAAUAAUGAUGAUCGAGAAUUAUAUUGGAAAUUUGGUGUUAGAGGAAGUAAUCUUUUACAAUUGAAAAAUCAUCAACAAUUAUAUUCUUCAUUUAUAAAUUUAAUUAAUCAAUAUGGAAUACCAAAUAAGUAUCGACGAAUAUUAUGGUUAGAAUUAUCAGGGGCCAAUAAUAUUCGAAUUAAUGGCGAAUAUCAAGAACUACAACUGCAACUACAGGUAAAUAAUCAGAAUAAUGAUGAAAUUAAUGCCUUAAUACAAUCAAAUAUAGAACAAAUUGAUUUAGAUUUACAUCGAACUUUGCCUUCGAAUUUUUAUUUUAAUAAUUUUUUAGAAUUAAAACCAGGUAUUAAAUUCUAUAAAUUACAACGAAUAUUAUAUACUUUUGUUAAAAGAAAUCCUCAUGUUGGUUAUGUUCAAGGUAUGAAUAAAAUUGUUGGGACACUAUUACUACUAGACGAUGAUAAUAAUAAUGACAAGGACAAGGACAGUUCUGACGGUCACGAUGACCUUGAGGAAGAUAUAUUUUGGCUUUUCAUUGGUCUUGUUGAAGAAAUUUUACCUAAAUAUACUUGUAAUGACAAAAUAUUUUUCAAUUCCAUUGAUGAAAUUUAUCAAGAUAAUUUAAUUUUAAAAAAAUUAUUAUUACCCGAUUUAUUACCUGAUUUAUCAAUUCAUUUAAAUAAAUUUAAUAUUGAAAUUGAAAUUUUAUCAAUGAAUUGGUGGUUAACUUUAUUUAUUGAUUUAAAAUUUAUUGAAUUAGAUACUUGGUUUAAAAUUUUUGAUAAUUUAUUAAUCACCAAUAUUGAAAGUAAUAAUAAUAACGACGAACAAGAAGAAAAACAAAAAGAUAGCCUUGUCAAUUAUCAAAGAAUUAUAUUACCGGCUAUGACAUUAGCUAUAUUUAAAAAUUUAGAAAAUCAUUUGAUCAGUUUAAAUUCUCGUGAUUUAAUUUAUCAAUUUUUAAAUCAUGGUGAUGAUAAAUUUAAAUUUAAAAUUAAAUUUAAUGAUUUAAUGAAAUAUUAUAUUUAUUUUUCAAAACGUAAAGAAGUAUUAGAUGCAUUUCGAUAA